AUGCAAAAGAGUUCUUAAUAACCAAGAGCUAACAGUAAUAAUAACUCAUUUUCUUUAUGCGAUAAUUUUGUGGAUGAAAAUAUCAAUAACAUUGCUCAUAGUAACUCUUUGUAAUUAAAUUAAUAAAUUGAUAAAAAUUCCUAAACUUCAUCUUAAAAAAAUUACGAAAUUUAAUAAUAAUAAUAACUAUAAAGAAGAUCAAAAGUAAGCCAAUUGAAUUUGUGA